CCACCACCCUCCAUCCCUCCCUCCCUCCCUCCCCAGGGCCUGGCUGGCAUGGAGGUGCUGGCCGCAGAGAGCCGGAUGCUUCCAUCCCUUCCUGCCUCCCUCCCGGGCCGCAUCCCUCCCGAACCACAUCCCUCUUUCCCGACAAAGCCCUGAGCCUCCUCCUUUGUGCGGGUGUUGGGGUGUGCGUGGUCCAGCCCCCAUCCCGUAUCCCCGCGGCUCGCUCGGGGCUGGAAGCAGGAGGGAUGCUGCCAUCGGAGGAGCCAAGCGCGGGAGCUCGGCGCCCAGCACCAGUGCCCGCCACCGCUCGAUGCUGACAUCCCCCAGCACCUCCGGACCCCGCUUCCACCCCAGGCCUCCCCCCCCACCAUGCCCCAGCGCACCCCCAGCCCCGCCACGGGGGGCUCCGCACCGCACCCCACGUGCCCCAGCUCCAGCCCUCCCUUGCCAUGAGCAGGCUCCCGCGUAGCGGGGUGCGUAGCUGAGGGAUGGCCUCGCUGGACCUGCCCUACCGGUGCCCGCGCUGCGGGGAGCACAAGCGCUUCCGCAGCCUCUCCUCGCUGCGGGCGCACCUGGAGUACAACCACACCUACGAGACCCUCUACGUCCUCUCCAAGACCAACAGCAUCUGCGAUGCCGCCGUCUUCCCCUUGGCCGCCGACGGGGCCCUGCUGACGCCGGCCGCACGCAGGGACUACUUUGAGAGCACCUCCUUCCAGGGCAAGGACCAGCGCUUCUCCUGCGACCUGGUCCCUGCCGAGGAGCUGGAGCCGGCGCCCUCCUCCUCCCCAUCGCCGCGCUAUGUCCACGAGAUCGAGAUCCCGCUGACCGAGAUCUUCACCCGCAGCAAAGCCGUGGCGCCGGCCCCGACGCCGCCGGCCGCUAUGGACAGUGCCUAUGAGGAGGGCUUGGCCCGCCUCAAGAUCCGCGCCUUUGAGAAGCUGGAGGUGGACAAGAGGCUGGAGAAGCUGACGGAGGAGGUGGAGCAGAAAAUCGCGUCCCAAGUGGGACGGCUCCAGGUGGAGCUGGACCGCAAGAGCUCGGAGCUGGAGAAGGCCAAGCAGGAGAGCCUGAGGCUCAGCAGGGAGAAGCAGGAGCUGGAGGACCGGGCGUCUGAACUGUCCCGUCAAGUGGAUGUCAGCGUGGAGAUGUUGGCCUCCCUCAAGCAGGACCUGGUGCAGAAGGAGCAGGAGCUCACCCGCAAGCAACAGGAGGUGCUGCAGAUCGACCAGUUCCUCAAGGAGACAGCAGCGCGCGAGGCCAAUGCCAAGGUGCGGCUGCAGCGCUUCAUCGAGGAGCUGCUGGACCGCGCCGACCGCGCCGAGAAGCAGCUCCAGAUCAUCAGCAGCAGCUGCGGGACCACCCCCAAUGGCAGCCUGGGCCGCUGCGGCACCCCCGGCACCAAGGCACCCCCCCGGGCGCUCCCUGCACGGGCACAGAGAGACCGGCACCCAGGGCCAGGGGGGGCCGCGCAUGGUCCUUACGGUGUGUCCAACCAGCGCUCCUCCUCCAGCACCGGGGCCUCAAGCCGGGCGAAAGCCGUGUCACAGAGCUCGGGCUGCUACGACAGCGACAGCGCAGAGCCCUGCCCCACGGAUGACACCGUGGAUGGGCACCCCUACCCCACGCGGGACGGCGGCCGGGGCUCGGGGCUGCGCCGCCAGGCCAUCCAGAACUGGCACCGCCGGCCCUACCGCAACAGCACCGAGGGCGAGGAGGGCGACGUGUCCGACGUGGGCUCCCGCACCACCGAGUCCGAGGCCGAGGGAUGGGAGCCGGAGGCGCCCGGAUCCGCUGCAUCCCGACCCACCGGGAGCUGCCGGCUCACGGUGGCCACCGAUGGAUGUCCCGCAGCCAGGAGUGAGGGCGCCGGGGGCAAAGUGGGGCGGCUGGAGAGGGGCAGCCCCGGGCACUCCAGUGAGGUGAUCAGCCCCGAGAUCCUCAAGAUGCGGGCAGCUCUCUUCUGCAUCUUCACCUACCUGGACACCAAGACCCUGCUGCGGGCGGCCGAGGUGUGCAAGGACUGGAAGUUCGUGGCCCGGCACCCGGCCGUGUGGACACGGGUGCUGCUGGAGAACGCCAGGGUGUCCUCCAAGUUCCUGGCCAUGCUGUCCCAAUGGUGCACCCAGAUGCAUUCCCUCACCCUCCAAAACCUCAAGCCACGGCAGCGAGGGAAGAAGGAGAGCAAGGAGGACUACAUGAAGAGCACACGGGGCUGCCUGGAAGCGGGGCUGGAGUCCCUGCUGAAGGCGACGGGCAGCAACCUGCUCAUCCUGCGCAUCUCGCACUGCCCCAACGUGCUGACGGACCGGUCCCUGUGGCUGGCGAGCUGCUACUGCCGGGCCCUGCAGGCGGUCACCUACCGGAGCUCUACGGACCCUGUGGGUCAUGAAGUGAUCUGGGCCCUUGGAGCAGGCUGCAGGGACAUCAUCUCCCUCCAGGUCGCACCUCUGCAUCCCUGCCAGCAGCCGACGCGAUUCAGCAACCGCUGCCUCCAGAUGAUCGGGAGGUGCUGGCCCCACCUGCGGGCGCUGGGUGUCGGAGGGGCAGGAUGCGGCGUCCAGGGCCUGGCCUCCUUAGCCCGGAACUGCAUGCGGCUUCAGGUCCUGGAGCUGGACCACGUGGCGGAGAUCAACCAGGAGGUUGCAGCGGAGGUCUGUCGAGAGGGGCUGAAGGGGCUGGAGAUGCUGGUGCUGACCUCCACGCCGGUCACCCCCAAAGCCCUGCUGCACUUCAACAGUGUGUGCCGGAACCUGAAGUCCAUCGUCGUGCAGGUGGGCAUCGUGGACUACUUCAAGGAGCCCCAUAGCCCUGAAGCCAAGAAGAUGUUUGAGGAAAUGGUGAACAAGCUCCAGGCCCUGAGGAAGAGACCCGGCUUCUCCAAGAUCUUGCACAUCAAGGUGGAAGGAGGAUGUUAGUCCUUCAGGGAACCACAAAGCACAUUCCCAGAGGCUCUGUGAAACCAAACCCACCGUCGCUGCUCAUCCGUUGCCGGACCUGGGGCACGGAGACACCGGCUCAUGCACAAAGAAACCCUGAACCCUUGCAGGCCUCAGUGAUGGGCAACCAGAGCCUGUCCCCAAGGCCAGCUCACGGGCAAAAGGUGCUACUUCAGGACAUUUUUGGCUGCCCAAAGAGGCAGGGCUUGUUCCUGGGAGGGAAGGUGACUUCAAACCUCCCUUUGUGGCUGCUCAUUGCCAAGGAUCCUUGUUUGGGGAAUGUCUUUCUCUUCAAUCUCUGUUUCUGGGGGGGUUCGCUUGGUUGGUGGUGUGGGAGCUGAGGAUGGAUCUGCCAAGACCCCAUCGUUAUCAGCAUCACGGCUGGACCAUCCUUAUCCAUCCAUGGGAUGAUGGAGGUUGGGUGGGAAGGGGCUGUUCCUCCGGAGGAAACGGUGCUCAGCAUUCCUGCAGGAUUUCCACUCGUUUCCAUAUCCAUUUGUGUAUCAGAGGGACACCCAAACCGGGGAUAACAGUGCCCAGAAGCCGGCAGCCACCACAGCACAAGCGCAGGUGGCGGAGCUGCAUCCCGGGGCUGUAGGAGCCAGAGGACACCAUGGAGAUGAUGGCUCCAGCCUCACCUCCUGCCCACCCAAACCCUCCUGCCAAGGCAAUAAACCAUCUCCAAAGUCCUCGUCCACCAGGUCAUGCUUCUGUCCCCAUCAGCAUCCACCGGAGCUCAGAGUCCCACCAGAGCACAUUAUCCCAUACGGAGAUUGGGACUGGAAUGGGACACCCACGUUUGCCAUCUCAUUGCCUUCCUGAGCAACCUGAAGGAGAGAGAAAUCCUGGCCAACCUGCCCUGACAUCCAAAGCUGCUGUGAAAGCACCAACCCAACUGCCCUGUAGAUCCUUUACCUAUGGCCACAGCUGGUUUUUAAUCCCUCUUUGUUUCUUCUCCAUCUUCUGCCUGCGAGGACACCAUCACCCCCAAAACACCCUUAUUCCAAAGGAAAAGGCUUUGGGAAGGCAUCCAGCAGGGUCAAACAUCUCCAUCCUCCACCCUGAAGGUGCCAGGACGUGUCCAUGCCAUAAGGACACCCAUCACAGCACUGCCAGCAGCAGGGACCCAUCAGCGCCCUGCAACCCUGAGCCCCAACCAGGCGUGAUUGGACCCAAUGUGCUGAGCUGAGAGGAGCCAACAGAGAAAUGCAGAUAUGGGGGUUGUCCUCUUCUCUGGACCAUCGUUGGAGGGCUCAGUGCCUGUUGGUCAAUGUGGAUGUGAGGAGACAGCCCUUUAGCAGGGCAUCUCCUCUCCUGGAGGUGAUGGGUUGCCACGGAGCAUCCCCCGGGAGGAUGAGGGCUGUGGACCCGUCUUGGUACCACCUUCCUUCCUCAUCUAUGGCAUGAGAGCUGCAGAGCUCAGCUGAGGGCUCCCAGCGUGUCAUAGCCCAUUGGGACCCUAACAGAAACCAAACUGGAUUCCAAAUGAAGCUGGUGGUGGGCUGGAGGCCUCCAACCCCAGGAAGCACCUCAGGAGACCACUGCAUCCACCCAUCGUCCUGUCUAUGCUGUCUCCUCUGAAACAGGGUAAGGUUCUUGGCCAUAACCCCCUAUUUGAAGCACCCCAUUCCCCCCCUGACUGCAGCUUUCCAGGAGAAGGCUGUUCCCUGUAGGGACAAAAUGUGGGAGCCCCAAAAAGCCUGUGAGAAACCCCCUUGUCCCAUCAUAUCCCAAUGGGCAGCACUGGAUGAGCUCCCAAGGUGCCCACCACCACUUUACCUCCACCCCCAGAGGUUGGAACAUGCAUAAUCCAGGGGGCAAGAAGAGCAAGAGAUGCCCCAACCAGCAAAAAAGAACCACCCAGCAAAGCUACGACCAUCUGGGGACCAUCCGGGGACCAUCCAUCCUUCAUCCCACCAGCAUGGUCCCAAGUGGAGAUGUUCCCAUUGGAAACAGGGCAGAGACUUGUGAAAUUCCCUUAAAAAGUAAGAAAAACCACAAAGUAUUUAUUUCUAUACAGAAAAGAAGGAAAAGAGAAGAGUUUAAAGGCAAGUUCUAUCCUCAGCAUGUUUAUACCCUCUAUGCUUAAAGACUAUUGUGUUGGAGUCAUGGUUGAAGACUGAAGGCGGUUGCUCCAGGUUUGCUGCGUUCCCAGCUCCUCACCUGGCUCCUCCAGGCCAUGGGAAGGGGAGGAGGGGAUGAUGGAAAGCAGGGGGAGAUGUUGAGGACACGUGGAGAAACCUUCAGUGCUCAGCAGUGAGCUGGUGCCAUUGGUG